AUGGCUUUUAUGAUGCCUGUUAUGAAGAACGACUACAAUAUUUAUGCAAGUCGUUCGAGAACCAGUAGUGCCAAUAGCACCGGAACACAGCAUAGUCGUCGGCAUACACAAAGCGAAUCGGCACCGGUGAGCCUUUCUUGUUCUCCAGGUUCUGAUGUUGAAGAACGUUUGGCCGCAAUUUCUCUGGGCUGCUCUCCUAGAAGGGGUAGUAGACUUUGUGAAAUGCCAACUCCAAAAUCGGUUUCUCAAACUUCACUUCACAAAUUCCACAUCAAAGUUGUGGAAAAAUUGCGGCGCAAGUUGCGAUCAAAAGACGAGGACGAAUCAUCCAGUUCUAAAGUAGUACCUGGUACUAAUGCUUCAUCCUCCUAA